AGUCAAAUGCUAUUUAUGAAGCUCGUUUCUCAUUUACUUUCCGUAUUUUGGGCUUAUUUUCAGGCAAAAGGACUUCCGUGGAAGAUGGAACGCUGUCUGUUUUCCAGAACCUGUUCCCAAGCCUGCCAGGGAAACGUGAAACUGCUGCUGGGUGCUGAGAUGCUGGAAGAACACCUGCUGAGCUGCUAGCGCCUUCCUUCCCACUGAAACCAUGGUCCUCUCCGCAGCGCUGACUGCGCCCCAUACAGGGGCCACCAACACGACGUUCGUAGUCUAUGAAAAUACGUACAUGAAUAUCACGGCCCUACCACCAGUCCAGCAUCCUGGCCUUGGGCUUAGAUACAAUUUGGACACCCUGGCUCCCACGGGGAUGAGUUCCUUGACCGUGAAUAGCACAGCUGUACCCCCAAUACCAGCAGCUUACCAGAGCCUACACCUGCCUCUGCAAAUCAUCCUUUCCGCGAUCAUGAUAUUUAUCCUGUGUGUGUCUUUUCUCGGGAACCUCGUGGUGUGCCUCAUGGUUUACCAAAAGGCCGCCAUGCGAUCUGCCAUUAACAUCCUCCUGGCCAGCCUGGCGUUCGCAGACAUGCUGCUCGCCGUGCUGAACAUGCCCUUUGCCUUGGUGACUAUCCUCACUACCAGGUGGAUCUUUGGGAAGUUCUUCUGUAGGGUAUCUGCCAUGUUUUUCUGGCUGUUUGUGAUUGAGGGAGUAGCCAUCCUGCUCAUCAUUAGCAUCGACAGGUUCCUUAUCAUAGUCCAGAGGCAGGACAAGCUCAACCCCUACAGGGCGAAGGUUCUGAUCGCAGUGUCUUGGGCAGCUUCCUUUUGUAUAGCUUUCCCGUUGGCGGUGGGCAGCCCUGACCUGCAGGUCCCUUCCCGAGCGCCCCAGUGCGUGUUCGGGUACACAACCCACCCAGGUUACCAGGCUUAUGUGGUUUUGAUUUCUCUCAUUUCUUUCUUCAUACCCUUCCUGGUGAUACUGUAUUCCUUCAUGGGUAUACUCAACACGCUCCGGCACAACGCCUUGAGGAUCCAUAGCUACCCGGAGGGCAUAUGCCUCAGCCAGGCCAGCAAACUGGGUCUCAUGAGCCUGCAGAGGCCCUUCCAGAUGAGCAUCGACAUGGGCUUUAAAACACGUGCCUUCACCACCAUCUUGAUCCUCUUUGCCGUCUUCAUCGUCUGCUGGGCCCCGUUCACCACUUACAGCCUUGUGGCCACGUUCAAUGAGCACUUUUACUACCAGCACAACUUCUUUGAGAUUAGCACCUGGCUGCUUUGGCUCUGCUACCUCAAGUCUGCAUUGAACCCGCUGAUUUACUACUGGAGGAUUAAGAAAUUCCACGAGGCCUGCCUGGACAUGAUGCCCAAGUCCUUCAAGUUCUUGCCGCAGCUCCCUCGGCACACAAAGCGACGGAUACGCCCCAGUGCCGUCUACGUGUGCGGGGAGCAUCGGACGGUGGUGUGAACAUGGGAACUGCCUGAAAUUUGGGGUGAUGGUUGUUCUUUACUGGACUCUGAAUUUCCUUUCACAUGGCUUUUCCACUUACACGUUCCCAUUUUUUAUAGGCUUGUGUGUGUAAGUGUGUGUGUGUGUGGUGUGUGCAGUAUAAAGAAAGAAUGGUGACUAGUUAUAAUUCUGUUACCAAGGAAACACAAUAGGGCAGUGAUCACAGAUGUUACCUCCAGGAUUCAGCAGAAAUCCACUGUUUAGGGUGGGAAGAUGGUUCUUGUAUCUUUGGCUGAUUUUGUUUCGGAAGUAGGAAUCAAGACUGUGCUUUAUUGAGCCUGCAGUCACACUGAAUUUUGUCAGUGUUUGGGAUGCUGCUCAGGUGUGCUUAGUGGAGUUUAUUCUUUUUCUUCUGGAAAACACUGCUGCUCUCUUGCCAUUGUAUUGGAGCCAAAAACCACAUACAUCUCAGUAGAUAAAUAUUUACUUUUAUUU